AUGGCCCCGCACGGGCCCCGUGCCGGGCCCGCGGAGGGUCUAGCUCCUGGGCUGGCGCCUCACACUUGGCUGCCCCGUCCCUCAGCGUGGCAGCAGCCGUUUCUCAACAUCUUCAGACACUUCAGAGUGGACGAGUGGAAGCGAUCCGCCAAGGAGGGGGAUGUGGCCGUAGUGACGGACAAGACCCUGAAGGGUACCGUGUAUCGCAUCCGGGCCUCCAUUUCUACGGGCAGCUACAUCCAGCUCCCCAGGAUUAGCACACAGUCCCUGGGACUGACUGGGCGCUACCUGUAUGUCCUUUUUCGGCCCCUGAGCAGCAAGCAUUUUGUCAUCCACCUGGACGUGUCCACUGAGGACAGUCAAGUCAUCCGGGUGUCUUUCUCCAGUCUCUUCAAAGAGUUCAAAUCCACAGCCACAUGGCUUCAGUUUCCCUUUGUCUUUGAGGCCAGGACAUCUGGAAGAGACCUGUCAGGUGUGGCCCCUGCUGGCACCCGCUGGACCUUCCUACAGCUCAACCUGCCGGACAUCCUCCUGCUCUACCUGAACCACAGCUACAGCCACCUCAAGAGUAUCAGGUUGUGUGCCAGCCUCCUGGUCAGAAACCUCUACACCAGUGACCUGUGCUUUGACCCUGCUGCCAGUGUCACUGGGGCUCGGCAGGCCAAGGUGCCCAUCAUUCCUGUGCCUCGAGAAAUGGCGUUCCCAGUACCAAAGGGUGAGAGCUGGCAUGACCACUAUGUCCAUGUCCGGUUUCCAAGCGAUGGCAUGAAAGUUCCUUCUGAGCUGGUUCAGAAGACCCGUCCUCCAGGAACAGGCCUCCUGGGACCUAUGCCACAGCUUCUCCCCUGCCCGGUGGCCAUCAGCAAACCUAUGCAGGACAGUGGAUCCCCUACAGUCCAGAAACCCAGCCCCACAGCCAUGAGUGCCUCCUCUUCCAAGACAGGGCCAGGGUGCCAGGAGACACUUGUGUCCCCACAGGCCCUCAUGGCACCCAGGCCCCUUGCAGAGAACAGUCUAUCCCUCCAGUCCUCAAAGAGCUCAGUCUUAGGAGUCCUCAGUGUCUGUAGCCAACUGCCUGCCCCUUGUUCAGAGGCCACUGGUGUGGACGUGGCUGCCCACAGUGUCCACGUCUCUGUUCAUGAGUCAGCUCUGGCCCUUGAGGACUCUAGCUGCCGAGAACAUCUGGGAAGACAGCAGAGAUGGCAGGAGGCAGCUUCCAGCAAGAGUCUAUCUCAACAAAGACACUUCCUCCCGGACCCAAUCUUGAGGCUCAAGAGGGUCAUCGGUUUUGGGGGCCACAGCACCAAAUGGGUUCUGUGGACCAAGGAUGGGGCAGCUGUCAUCUACCCCUGCCAUGCGGUCAUCAUCACCCUGUGCAUUGACACAGGGGAACAGCGCUUCUUCCUUGGCCACACGGACAAGGUCUCUGCCUUGGCACUGGAUGGGAACAACUCACUGUUGGCCUCAGCACAGGCACAGCCCCCUUGCAUGAUGCGGCUCUGGGACUUCCAGACUCGGGUGUGCCUGUCCCUUUUCCGGAGCCCGAUGCACAUUGUCAUCGCACUCAGCUUCUCUGACUGCGGGUCCCUUCUCUGUGGUGUUGGCAAGGACCGCCAUGGGAGGACGGUGGUAGUGGCGUGGGGCACAGGCCCAGUGCGCCUUGGUGGUGAGGUGGUCAUUCUCGCGAAAGUGCACACCGACUUUGAUGUCCAGGCUUUCCGGGUUGCCUUUUUUGAUGGAACCAGGAUGGCGUCAUGUGGGCAGGGCAGCGUGCGGCUGUGGCGGCUACAUGGUGGGGUCCUGCGAUCCUGCCCUGUGGACCUUGGGGAGCACCGUGCACUACCGUUCACUGACCUUGCCUUUGAGCAGGCCCAGGACAGCUGUCAGGAAACCUCAUCCGGGACACUCUAUGUAUGCAGCCGCAGCGGCCACAUCCUAGAGAUUGACCACCGACGCAUGGCUGUUCAGCAUGCCCGCUGCCUGCUACCCACACAGGCCCCCAGUAGCCCCCACCUACAGAAGCAGACCUUCGGUGCAGGUCCCGGUGUCACCAUCAGCAGCCUCAGCAUCUCCCCAGCCAUGUGUGCUGUGGGCUCUGAGGAUGGCCGCCUGCGGCUCUGGCCCCUGGACUUCUCUUCAGUGCUCCUGGAAGCGGAGCACGAAGGCCCCAUCAGCUCAGUGUGUAUCAGCCCUAAUGGGCUACGCGUGCUGUCCACCACUUCCACGGGCCACUUGGGCUUCCUGGACAUCCCAUCCCAGGAGUACAGUGUGCUGGCUCGCUCCCACACAGCCUCCGUGCUGGCUUUCUCCAUGGACCAAACCCAGGGGCAGCUGGCCACUGUGUCCCAGGACCACACUGUCCGCAUCUGGGACCUAGCCACCCUUCAGCAGCUGUAUGACUUCACAUCACUUGAUGAUGCCCCACGUGCUAUAACCUUCCACCCUAUACGGCCGGCCUUCUUCUGUGGCUUUAGCAGUGGGGCUGUGCGCUCCUUCAGCCUGGAGGCCACUGAAGUUAUGGUGGAACACAUGUGUCCCCAAGGAGCCAUCACUGGCCUGGCUGUCACUCCUGAUGGUACCCACCUAUUCAGCUCCUGUUCUCGGGGCAACCUGGCCCAGUAUAACUGUUCCGGGCCCCAGUGCUGCAUCCUCCGUGUGGCAGCCAGCAUGGUGUGCCCAGAUGCCCACCCGAGCCCCAACAUCCUGGCAGUCAGCAGGGACAGCCACCUGCUGGCCUUUGUGGGUCCUUCCAAGAGCACAGUGACUAUUGUGGACUCAGCCUCCCUGGAUGAGCUGCUGCGGGUCGACAUCAGCACCCUGGACCAAGCCAGUAGCUGUCUAGACUCCGCUGUGGCUGUCUGCUUUAGCCCUGCUGUCCUGGGCCACCUGCUGGUGUCCACAACGUCCAAAGUCAUGGUACUGGAUGCCACAUCAGGCCACAUUAUCCGGGAGCUGUGCACUGUCCACCCUGCGGCCUGUCCCUCCCUGGCCCUCAGUGAGGAUGCCCACUUCUUGCUGAUGGCCACUGGCCGAGCUGUCACGCUUUGGGACUACUCAACACAGGCCAGUCCAGGCUCGCAGGUGUACAUCGGCCACUCAGAGCCUGUGCAGGCUGUGGCCUUCACCUCUGACCAGCAGCAUGUCCUCAGCGUGGGGGAUGCCAUCUUCCUUUGGGACGCUGUGAUACCCCGACAAACUCUGCCAACCUCACCCCUGAGCGUGGCUCUGGCAUCCCCAGGCCCAGGUGUAGGACAGCUGGAUGAUGCAGUGUCUGGGGCCAGUGGGCUCCCUCGCCUGCAGGUGCCCGUGCCAUCUCAGGCCUCACCACUGAGGCUCAUCCAUGCUGGGCCCCUCGAGGGUGGUGAUGGUACCCUGUCCGCAUCAGAUGAAGAAGAACCCUGUGAGAAGAGCCACAGCCCAGAGGGGCUUCGCCAGGCCCCAGGUCCACUGGUGCUAGAGGAGAAGGAAAGCGGGGCUAGAGACGGGGCCUGGGGUGCUGCAGGGGGCUCCUGGGGGGGGGAGGCGAGGCCAUCUCCAGGGUUUAUAGGACAUGGCUUAUCUGUGCAUAGUUCUUGCUGCCCAGCACAGUGGAGGGACUUUGUGUAUAGUGGGGCAUCUCUGAAGGGUUACCAGGUGGUUCCAUGUCAUGUGGCUUCUUUCUCCUUCCUGCCAGGUGCCGAAAGCACCAGGAACAGGGGGGCCCAGCCCUGCACCCACCUGUAUUCCUACAAGCACUUUUUUGCACGCCACAGGACACUGGCCAAGAGUGUUGCCUUUUCUCCUGCCAGCGACCAGCAGCUGCACCUGAAGGCUGUCCUGGGCUAUAGCGGAAGUGGGCGGGCCAACAUGGUCUGGAGGCCGGACACAGGCUUCUUUGCCUACACAUGCGGCUGCCUGGUGGUGGUAGAGGACCUGCACUCUGGCGCCCAGCAGCACUGGUUCGGCCACCCCGAGGAGAUCUCCACACUGGCCCUCAGCCACAAUACCCAGGUCCUGGCUUCUGCCUCCGGCCGCAGCUCCAUAGCCACCCACUGUCAGAUCCGUAUCUGGGACGUGUCUGAGGGCCUCUGUCAUCAUCUCAUCUCUCACCAUGACACGAAUGUGCAGGCCGUGGCCUUCUCAUCUGACGACAGGCUCCUUGUCACACUGGGUGACUAUGGCGACCGCACCCUUGCCCUUUGGAGCACAACCACCUAUCACCUCUUGUCCUCCACCCGCCUCCCAGAACCAGUGCAUGGUGUAGCUUUCAACCCCUGGGAGGCUGACGAGCUCGUGUGUGUGGGCCAGCAUGCUGUCACUUUCUGGCUCUUACAGCAGCACGGGGCAGACAUCAAUCUCCAGGUGCGCCAAGAAUCAGUCCCUGAGGCAGUAGGGGCAGAUGAGCUGACCUCACUCUGCUAUGGGCCCCUGCCCUUGCUCUACUGCGGUUCCAGCUCUGGCCAGGUCUGUGUCUGGGACACACGUGCAGGCCACUGCUUCCUGGCCUGGGAGGCGGAUGACAGCGAGAUUGGUAUGCUUCUGUGCUCGGGCUCCAGGCUUGUCAGUGGCAGCAGUGCAGGGCGACUACGCCUAUGGGCCGUGGGGACCUUGCCAGAGCUAAGACACAAGGGCGCCAGGUCCUGUUCUGUGUUCAUGGAAUGUGAGCUCAGCCUGGAUGGUGCUAUUGUGAGCGCCAGUUUUGAUGACAGCAUGGAGAUGGGCGUGGUGGGCACUAUGGCUAGCACACUGUGGUAUGUCAGCUGGGUCGAGGGUACCAGCACUCGCCUUGUUAGCGGCCAUUGGAGCAAGGUGAAUGAAGUGGCCUUUAGCCCCAACGAGUCUCACUGUGCCACCUGCGGUGAGGACGGGAGUGUACGGGUGUGGUCCCUGGCCAGCCUGGAGCUAGUGAUACAGUUCCAGGUGCUGAACCAGAGUUGCCUGUGCCUUGCAUGGAGCCCCCAGUCCUGUGGACGCCCAGAGCAGCAGCGGCUAGCAGCUGGCUACAGUGAUGGCACACUGCGCCUCUUUAGCGUCUCCCGGACAGUCAUGGAGCUCAAGAUGCACCCCCACUUGGCUGCGCUGACAGCUGUUGCUUUCUCCACUGAUGGUCAGACCAUCCUCUCUGGAGACAAGGACGGGCUGGUGGCUGUGAGUCACCUUUGCACAGGGAUGACCUUCCGUGUGGUGAGUGACCACCGGGGUGCCCCAAUCUCCACCAUCCAGAUCACAAGUAAAGAGCACGGAGACUUUGGGGUAGAGGGCACAGACUUGUGGCUGGCUGCCAGUGGGGACCAGCGUGUCAGCAUCUGGGGCUCUGACUGGCUGAGGAACCACUGUGAGCUCCUGGACUGGCUGAGCUUCCCGAUGCCUGCUGGCCUAGAGACCCAGGGCCACCUGCCGCCCUCCCUUGCUGCCUUCUGCCCCUGGGACAGGGGGCUGCUGGUAUAUGUGGGCCCAGGGGGACACAAGGAGGUGAUUGUCUACAGCCUCCACCAGAAGCAGGUGGUGGAGAGGAUUCCGGUGCCUUUUUUUGCCACAUCCCUGAGCCUAUCCACAGGGGCCUGCCUCAUGGCCCUCGGCUUCGCUGAACGUGUGCUGAGGUUGGUGGACUGUACGUCGGGGACUUCCCAGGACUUUACCGGCCAUGGUUAUACAGUGCACCUGUGCAGAUUCACCCCAUCCGCCAGGCAGCUCUUCACAGUGGCCCACAAUGAGAUCCUGGUGUGGGAGGUCACAGGCCACUGAUCUGUGGUGAGGACCAUGGUGUCAAGUGCCCCAGGCCACCUGGGCAGAAGUGUGGCUGAGAAGCCAGGUUGUCAAAUGCCUCAUGUGAGGACAGGAUGACGGGGACAGACCAGAACUCCACGUAAACCAUCAGAACCAGACUGCUGUGAAUUUGAGCAACCUGAAAAUACAACAACCUGUUCACUUUUCACCUAGGGAGUUUUUUUAA